CGCGAUACUUUCUUGCCGGCGUACAUGUGACGUCAGUGCAAGAAAGUACCCAGCAUACACCGCGCAGCACUGCGUGUGUGUUCCUCCUGCUGUUCGUCAACAGGACUAUAUUUUGAUACUCAUUUAUUAUGUAUUUGACAUAUUUAGACAAGACCAGAACGUGUUUUUCAAGGGCGGGACGUUUCCUGUGGCGCCAGACGUCCCGGUAACUGUAGCAGGUCCGUGUGGAUCAUGGCAGGUGAAAGAGAGAAAACAUUCCAGUUCGUGGUCGUUGGAGGCGGGAUUGCCGGCGUGACAUGCGUGGAGCAGCUCUUCACGCAGAUUCCGUCUGCAGACGUGGCUUUGGUCACAGCGAGCCCGCACAUUAAGGCCGUGACGAACCACAAACAGGUGUCGAGAACUGUAGAGGAGUUUGAUGUGGAGGAGCGGCCGCCCAGCGUGUUGGAGGAGAAGUUUCCUACUCUGUCUGUCAUCCACUCAGCUGUCAAAUCUCUUCACGCACAGUCACACUGUGUAGAGACUGAAGAUGGUCGAGUGUUUGGUUAUGGGAUGCUGUGUAUCUGCAGCGGAGGACGACCGAAGCUUCUGACACGAGGCAGCCCUCAUGUGCUGGGGAUACGGGACACAGACAGUGCCCAGGAGUUUCAAAAGUGUUUAUCCAAAGCCAAGAGAAUUGUUGUCGUUGGAAACGGAGGAAUUGCCUUGGAGCUAGUGUAUAAAGUGGAGGGCUGUGAGGUGAUUUGGGCUGUGAAGGACAAAGCCAUCGGGAACACUUUCUUCGAUGCAGGAGCAGCGCAGUUCCUCAUCCCGUCACUAGAGGCCGACAAACCGCAGGAAGCUGCUCCCUGCAAGAGGCCUUGCUACACCACAGAGGAACCUGGAGGGGUGCAGACCUUCACAGCAGAUAGAAAUGUACACAAGCAUGGGGGUUCAGCAAACCCCGGGAGUGCUCUGGGUCCAGACUGGCAUCGAGGAAUAGUUCUCCGCGGAGCAGAGCAGGUGUCCCGCAGAGUGUCAGUGGAAUACCAGUGUGAGGUGGUGAAGAUCUACACCCCAGAGGAGCUUCUCCAUUCUGCAGAGCAAACGCUGAAACCUGAGAGUGCGGGAUCCUGGCCGGUUUACAUCCAGCUGACUAACGGCAAGACGUUUGGCUGUGACAUCAUCGUCAGCGCCACCGGUGUCGUUCCAAAUACCGACCCUUUUCUACCUGGCAACUCUUUUGCGCUGGCUGAAGAUGGUGGUCUGCAGGUGGACGACCAUAUGAUGACGUCAGAGCCAGACAUUUAUGCUGCAGGAGACGUGUGCACUGCAUGCUGGGAACCCAGCCCUCUGUGGCAUCAGAUGCGUUUGUGGACGCAGGCCCGUCAGAUGGGCUGCUACGCCGGCCGCUGCAUGGCGGCUCGCUUCCUCUCAGAACCUGUUGAGAUGGAUUUCUGCUUUGAGCUCUUCUCGCACCUUACCACGUUUUUUAACUACAAGGUCGUUCUGUUGGGGAAGUUCAAUGCUCAGGGACUGGGCUCUGAUCACCAGCUACUCCUGAGAUGCACCAAAGGCCAGGAGUAUGUCAAGGUGGUCCUGAGUGGAGGGAGGAUGGUGGGAGCAGUUCUGAUCGGGGAAACAGACCUAGAAGAGACUUUUGAAAACCUGAUCCUCAACCAGAUGGACCUGACUCCCUAUGGAGAAGAGCUGCUCAACCCCAACAUCGAUAUAGAGGAUUAUUUUGACUGAGCACUGCCUAGAUCACAGGAUCCUGAAGAAGGACUCCAAAUGGAUCUCCAUCUCCAAGAAGUCGGUUCAGGACUGAUGGGUUCUGAGGAGCUGAACAUUGAUGGAUGAUGGGUUGUUCUGGUUCAUAUCUUUGUAAUACUCAAUUAUUUUUAGAAGGAAUUAUUUAAAAUGAGUACUUUCUUGAAUGAUAAUCAUGUUUUACUCAUUUCCACCAUCAAAGUGGAUUGAAAACAUCCAGAUUCCUCCACAGUGGCUCAUAGUUGAAGGGAACCCUUGAUGAUUUUCUUUUGCUGCUGCUUACUUUGAAUGUUUUUCUGCUAAGGUUUGACUCAAAUUAUAUUCAAACUUUGUCAAAUGUAAUCAAAACAAUCCAGUGCAAUAUAAAAACCUCAUGCUAGUGGAAAACCUACAGAGCCCCUAAAGAGACAUCAAAAGUUUAAAAAAGCUGUUACCAUCUGUUGAGCACCAAAUACUAACUGGCAAAACGAAGUGGUCAUUUCA